AUGGAUGACAGCAUGGGGAAUGAAGGAAAUGAGUGUAAACAAAACGACAACUGGGCUUCAUCUGAGGAGCAGCCAUCCACUUCAGCAAAUUCGAAUUCAAGUGUUGCCGAAUCUGUUAAACGACAAAAAUUGAGUCGUAAGAUUCAUAUCGCGGUUGCUGGUUGUUCGCAUGGUGAGAUGGAUAAAAUUUAUGCAACAAUGGCAGAAAUCGAACGACGAGAAGGCUAUAAAUUCGAUUUGCUCAUUAGCUGCGGUGACUAUGAAGCAGUUCGAAACUAUGGUGAUUUGAAGCAUAUGCAUGUACCUGAGAAAUAUCGGCAUUUGCAAAGUUUUCAUCGUUAUUAUUCUGGCGAAUCAGAAGCACCAGUAUUAACGAUUUUUAUUGGAGGGAAUCAUGAAGCUUCGGGUUAUCUGCAAGAAUUACCUUAUGGUGGGUGGGUCGCGCCAAAAAUUUUCUAUUUAGGGCAUGCAUCUGUUGUGCAAUUUGCAGGGCUCCGAAUAGCUGGUCUUUCGGGCAUCUAUAAUAAAAAUGACUAUAACAAGGGUCAUUGGGAACGUCCGCCAUUUACUGAUUAUGGUGCAGUUGUUUCUGCGUAUCAUGUGCGUUCUGUCGAUAUAUUUCGUUUAAAACAGUUGAAGCCGAGGAAUCCAAAUGAACCACAAAUCGAUAUAAUGGUUACACAUGACUGGCCAGCAGGCAUCACUGAUUACGGCGAUGUUAAGCAAUUACUGAGGUUGAAACCAUAUUUUGAAGAAGAUUUGAAAAAGAAUGCGAUUGGAAAUCCGGCUUCUAUGACACUGUUACAUGUAUUGAAGCCGCGUUACUGGUUGGCAGCACAUAUGCACUGUUUUUUUGCAGCUUUGGUACCUCAUCUGAAUAAAAAUGACCCUGAAAGUAAUUUUGAACCAACCAAAUUUCUGUCACUGGAUAAGCCACUUCCACGAAGGCAUUUUCUGCAGGCCUUAGAAUUCGAUGUUGAUGAAAAUGUUUCGCUAAAUCUGUCUUAUGAUCCGACAUGGUUAGCAAUUCUGAGAGCAACAGACCCUCUUACAUCAGUAAACAAAAGCAAUAUCUAUAUGCCGUCACAGCAUACACGCAGUGAACGUUGGGACUUCAGACCGACUGAAGAGGAACUAACAAAAGUGGAAGAAAUAUAUGAUGGGGAUUUUACUAUUCCAAGGAAUUUUAAGAUGACAGCGUGGCCACAUAGAGCAGAUGGGAUCGAUGAUAGUUCUCAAGAAUUGUAUUACAGAAAUCCUCAGUCAACAGAAUUCUGUGCAAAACUUGGGAUUAAAGACUUAAAUGAAAUGCUUUGUUCACUUUCGAUGAAUGGACUUGGUAUCCCUUAUUACAUUAACAAGAAUAGCGAUUCUGAAAGUGUUCUGAAAAGCCGAACUUUUGAAAGAAAAGAGAUGGAUUUCGACGAUAAAAGCGACUUUAUUAUUGAUAGAAAUCCAGUGCUCGAACCGUUGUUAUUAAAAGAUUUCGAGACACCAAAUGUGACAAAUAAUGAUGAAUCUAGCGAACAUCCAUCCAGUACCAUUACUGAUUAUGGAAAAAGGACUGAUAAUGAAAUUGACGAAGGAUUACAACUUGCUGGCUCGGAAAUUUUGUGA